UUUCGUAAUGAUGUGGGAGGUUGGAAGAUAUCUGAGGAAUAUAUGCUGCUUAUUAUUUUCAGUUGCUGCCUUAUUAUACAUGUAUGUAUGUAGAUGUAUAUCUGGCACGAAAUAUGACUUUUUAAACAACAACAAAAUUAUGUGUAUAAUGUAUAAAUAUAACCUUGCUGGUUCAAUUCUUUGAUUACGUAUUGAGUACUGUUAAUUUUUUGUAUUGUGACAUUUGUUGGAUUAAUAGCUCCCUUGAAUUCUUCACAUAUCUCCAAAAAUCUUUAAUAACAUUGUGAUAACGUCCAAUGAUAAUUUGCAUUGGCUACCGUUAACAAAAACACAUCGAGCUAAUGACUUGGAAUGUAUUUGUAUAACGUGAAGAUAUACUAAAGGAACUUUUCGUGCUACGAAGCCGUAUAACAGUUGUGGCUCCCACCAUCUUGACUUUGGAUAUUGCGUUAUCCUAUUCGAAAGAUCUCAAAAGGCUUAAGCGUAUUUAUAUUGUAAAAAGAUGUAUUAAUUAGGUUCCAUGAUAAAGUAUUGAUGCCAGGUAAAGACAGAUGGCGCUAAGAGUUACAAGCUGUUGGUAAUAGUGUUUCAGUCAAUGAACGUCAAUUGGAAGGGAUAUAACAAAUUUAGGUAGCAAUCGUUCUUUCUCACAUUGUUCGUCGUAAGGUGCAGACAUGGCGUCAAAAGUGUCUCGUGAUACACUCUAUGAGUCUGUUAACGCAGUUUUGGAAUUCUCCGAAAAGAAGAAACGUGGAUUUUUAGAGACAUGUGAAUUACAAAUUGGUCUUAAAAACUACGAUCCUCAAAAGGAUAAGCGUUUCUCCGGCACUGUCAAAUUGAAGCAUAUCCCACGUCCCAAGAUGAAGGUGUGCGUUCUCGGUGAUCAACAGCAUUGUGAUGAAGCUAAAGCUAAUGGAGUGGAGUGCAUGGAUGCAGAGGCUUUGAAAAAAUUAAACAAGAACAAAAAAUUAGUGAAGAAGCUAGCAAAGUCCUACGAUGCAUUUCUGGCUUCCGAAUCAUUGAUUAAGCAAAUUCCUCGUUUGUUAGGUCCAGGUUUGAAUAAGGCCGGUAAAUUCCCUGGUCUGUUGUCGCAUACAGAGUCAAUGAUGGCCAAAAUUGAAGAAGUGAAAUCAACCAUCAAGUUCCAAAUGAAAAAAGUACUGUGCCUAUCCGUCGCUGUUGGUCAUGUGGACAUGAAACCCGAUGAACUAGUGCAGAAUAUUCAUUUGUCAAUAAAUUUUUUGGUUUCACUUUUGAAGAAAAAUUGGCAAAAUGUGCGUUCGCUGCACAUCAAGUCGUCUAUGGGACCACCACAACGUUUGUACUAAUGAAAAACAUAUUUUGUACGCCAUAUACCUUAUCCAAAGAAAUAUGGAAAUAAAUGUGUAAUGUUUUAAAAGA